AUUUUGAAGAGCUCGUAUGUUGUCCUACACUCAAAGUCUUCCGGGUGAACCAGCUAUCUCGGUGAGGAUCCUCCAGGAUUUAUCUCUUAAAAAAGCGGGAUGCUGCGACGUCCAAAACCCACCGACUCUGAGGCAGACCUCCUGAGGGAACAGGAGCGUUUCCUGACCUCCGGAGCUCCCUCGGCUGCCUGUAUGGUCCGCCGUCCUGACAAGAGGAGAGGAGAGGCAGGAGAUGCUGAGGGAGAUGCUGAUGGAGUGCACGGCAGUGAAAAUGAAGGACAUCAGAAAGAUAUGGUCACCAUUGAAGAUCUUCCAGACCAGCUGCCCUCUCUAACACCAGCCCCUCCCAAGAAGUCUCGAUUUAAAGCCAGUCGUGUCACUUUUGAGGAUGAGGAUGCUGGGGAGAGGCUGGACAGACAUGAUACCCACAUCAGUGCUGUUCUCUCCAAGAUUGUUGAGAGAGACACCAGCUGUGCUCCUAUAUCCUUACCGGCGUCAACAGGACUGGCUUUUCCCAAAGUACUCCACCGCUCAGAAACCAGCAGUCAGGUUCCAUCUUCAUCAGUCAAAGGGAGGAGGAGCAUCUUUGCACGUCAGAUUGCAGCUCAAAGACUAAAAGAAGCAAAAGCUGCGAAACCAUCUUUAGCUGAAGCUCUUCAGAACUCUGAGCCAGGAGGACAGAUUCUCUCCUCGGAUUCUGGGGAUCGUCCUAGGUUGGUGUCUGGUGAGGGUCUUUUGGGAACAGACAGUUCUGUAGAGACUCUGAGGAUCCACAAAGAGAACCAGGCAAAGCUCGAAGGGAUGUCUCAAUCUGAGAUCCUGGAAGAGCAGAAGAAACUUUUGUCUCAGCUUGAUCCCAGACUGGUGGAGUUUAUCAGAUCAAGGAAAUCUCUGAAUGAUCUCCCAUCUGAAAGCACAGCAGAGGAUAAAUGCAGCAUAGAAGGUUCUCCUGCUGAAAACGUGGAAAGCAAAGAGUCUUACAAUGCUGCUGUGUUGUGUCCGAGUCCAGAGGAGGUGGAGAUGGAGGAGGAAAAGGAACCGAAAGCACCUCCUCCUUUAACUGAGGAGGAUCUCCCUGUGAAGCCCCAGAAGGAAUGGCUCCACAUGGACACCUUGGAGCCGGAGAAGUUGGAGUGGAUGAGGGACUUGCCUUCACCCAGAAAGAAAGGAACCAGAAAGGCCAUGCUGGCUCGUUUUGACUUCACCGGGACCUUAAUCCCCCCCUCAGAGGAUCUGCCAACCCACUUAGGUCUGCACCACCAUGGAGAGGAGCCUGAGCGAGCUGGUUACUCUCUGCAGGAAUUAUUCAUUCUGUCUCGGAGUCAGCUUAUCCAGCAAAGAAGUCUGGCUCUCAACACCCUUGCCUGCAUCAUCGCAAAAGCACGAGCUGGAAGAUACCAAUCCGUUCUGAAAGGCAGCGUUACAUCCACCCUGCUUGAUGCAGGUCUUCUCUUCCUGCUUCGCUUUGCCCUCGAUGAUAACAUCGAAGGAGUGAUGUCUGCAGCUGUGCAUGCACUUAAAGCACUCCUAGUGUGUGUGGAAGAUGAAGAAUGUUUGGACUCCACCUUCUCCUGGUAUCAUGGCCUAGCAUCUUUCCCGCUGCUUCCAUCCUCACAGGAGGAGGAAGAUGAAGAGGAUGAAGGGCUGAGUGAAAGCAUGAAGGAGACGGCUAAAGAAAAAGAAGAAAGGAAGAGUGAUUAUGAUGUUGCCAGGCAGGAUGUUGUUAAGGGUCUGUUGAAGAUGAAGCUCCUCCCCAGGCUGCGCUACAUUCUAGAGGUGAUCCGGCCUUCCCCACGCGUUGUUCAGGACAUCCUGCUCAUCCUAACACGUGUCGCACGGCACUCCUCAUCAGCUGCCUCCCAGGUGUUGGACUGUCCUCGUCUGAUGGAGACGGUGAUGUCAGAGUUCCUUCCCACAUCCUGGGAGUGUCCGUCUUCACUCAGUCCUGUCUCAAUUUAUGGACACCCUCUGGCCGACGCCAUGAAGCUCUUGAGGGUUUUGGCAACAUCUGGGAGACACGCAUGUGCCAGACUGUUAAACUCUCUGGGCGUGCGGGAGCGCUUGUCCUGUCUCUUGAGUGCUGAGCCCAGCGAGCUGCUGAUGGAGCCUAACCAGGCCCUGGGGAUCACCACUGAGGCCUACAGGCUGUGGGCUGUAGCUGCCAGCUAUGGACAAGCCAGCCAACUGUACAUAGACCUGUACCCAGCCUUGGUGAGGUCGCUGCAGUCUGCCAGCAGCAUGAUGUCAGCCCCACAUUCUCUGCCAUUUCUGCAGCUGAACCGUCUCUCAGCUCUGCUUUCUCUGCUCACACAAGUCACACACACCGCUGGCUGCCAUGAGGAGCUCCAGGCCGGCAUGGUCAGAGCUCAGGGAGAGGAGUGCCCCCCUCCACCUCCUGUUUCCUGGGGUCAUGUUAGUGGUUUGCAGCCCCUCUUGUUGGGACAUUUGAAGGCUGUCUUCAAAGGACUGGAUGACCCGGUUCAGAAGGACAGUAGCCUGACUCUAAUACCUGCUUAUUUAAUCUACCUUCAAGCUUACUACCAUCAGCUCUCCAGACAGACCUGCUUCAAGCCAGUGGAGACUCUGCAGGAACUGGAGAGUUUGACUUCAGAGCUUCUCCUCCCUCUCAUGUGUCACAGUUCUGUGCAAGGCCUGAUGAAGAAUAUCCGGUCCUCCUCAGUUGUGUGUAAUGAUCAGUUAAGUCUUCUGCAUCCAGAGAUUACGCCAAACCUUCCUGGUUUAGCCUGUUCAGGGUGGAGGGAUCGCCCAGGACUGGUUGUUCCCAGCUCCCCAUUUCCUCUCCUAGCAGGACUGGGACUCCUCUGUAAUACCAUCACAGAUAUCCAUAAAGGUCUCAGUAGAAAGUUCGCAGGCCUCCUGCUAUCAGACUCUGUGAUUGGUUACCUGCAGAGCUGCAGCCACGCCACACCCACACUGUCCCACCGCACAUCUUGGCUCCUCCAGCAUGAACACCAUGUUCUCUACCUGCUGCUCCGGCUGGCACACAGGCUGGUUCCAAUUGAGCUUGAAGUAGCCAAACAUGCCUCACUUUACCACCAGGUGGCGCUGGUGCUUCUCCCCUGGUUACUGCCGGGUAGCGAGUACCUGGCACAUGAGCUGCUCUCCACUGUUAUCUUCAGCAAGGACUUUAUAUCAGAGGGACACAGUGGUGGACCAGAGGCUGUGGAACUCGGGGAGCUGAGGCUCCACACCCAGCCAUCUCCAUCUCUCCAGACUGUUGGGGCUCUUCUUAGAGAAGCCUGCAGCCAGCUGCCCUCCAUACGCGGCUGCUACCUCACUCACCUGGCCCACCUGGAACAGUCCGUGCUCACGUCCCGAAACGUUUAUCUUGGGCGCAACCCGUGGAUCAGCUCGCAUCUCCUUCCAGAGCUCACCGGGCCUACGCUCCCCUCCGACUGGCCUUACAUCCCACUGAUCAGCCUUUAUGAGCGGACCGGCGUGUCUGAAGGUGGAGGGUUGGCAGUGGAGGAGCUUCCUCAUGGAUCUCUGCAGGCAGUGACCCACUGUCUGCAAUGGUUGCUGCUGCUGGAGGUCUGGAGGGAAGAAGCUCUGAAGGUCGUCCCUCCUGUCGCCAAACUUGCCCGCCUGUCCUGCGUCUUCCUCAGUUCGAGCGAUCUGUUCCUGGAGAGACCUGUUCAGAGGCUGACCUGGGGACUGUUCAGGCUGCUCACCAGGGAGUCCAGAUUGGACUCUUUGGACCUGGAUGUGCCUCCUCCAGGUCUUGCCUCCUUCCAGGACCUGUACACAGCCCUUUUGUCACAGUAUGAAGCUGUAUCUUUUGGAGACAGGCUGUUUGGCUGUUGGGUUCUCCUCCCUCUGCAGAGGAGGUACAGCGUCUCCUUGAGGCUGGCUGUUUUUGGAGAACAUGUGGGGAUGCUUAGAUCCCUGGGUGUUACUAUGGAGCAGUUGUCCGUCCCCAUCGAGCGGUUCACCUCACCACCGGAAGACUCCCUUCCUCUUCUUCACCUGUACUUUCGCUGUUUAGUGACGGGGACCCUCAGGUUGUCAUGGUGUCCCGUCCUUUAUGUGGUCGCCUUGUCUCACAUCAACUCCUUCAUCUUCUCUCAGGAUGCUGCAGUGCAGGAGGUGGAAGCAGCUCGAAUGAGUAUGCUGAGGAAAAUCUACUACCUGACAGACGAGGUGUUGAGGAACCACUUGCUUCUUUUCCGUUUGCCCCGACAGCACCUACAGCUUGGCUUUGACAUGUAUGAACAGCUGCCCACCAUCAGGGCCAAGCGUUUAGAGACGGUUCGCGGUCUGCAAGAUGACAAAGGAGACUGAGUGGACUAAAGCUAUUUAAAAAGGGGAAUUUUAAGACAAAUUCAAAUGAGAUGCAAGAUGAGACUGAAAUGGAAGGGGAAAAUGGUAAAAUAUGGGGGGAGGAGGGAAAGUUGGCAGUGGAAGAUGUGAUGUACCUUCGCUCAGGGAAUGGUACAGUCACAUUUUUCUGUCGGUUUCAAGCAGCCAAACAGAGAAAAAAGAAAUCUGAGCUGGGCUCAGCCAGCUGUACAAAUAAUUCAGAGGACUUAAAGUAAAAAAAACUAUUUCAGUGACAGCCAAAGGUUAAAUAAAAGUGCAGAGAAAUAAAAUACAGAUGGGACAAAGCUGAAGUCCCGCAGUCCUCGUCUUCAUGUGACUUCAGCUUUUUGCCAAAGUUUUUUCUUGGCUUGAAAACAGCUGAGGAAAUUUCUUGGUAUCUGAGAGCAAGUGACUGAUAACCUUCUGUACAAGUGUCUGAAAUGCUUGUAUUACUUGUUAAUAAAUGGAUACUCUCUGAUGAUGA